UUCCACAGCGAUAGUCAGCCCUGAAUCGUCUGCCGUCGAGAGCUCGUGAGUUUGUGUCUGUGAUAGUUAGACCCAGUGCCAUUCGCCAGGAUGUUAUUCCUAGCGCCUCGCAAACAUCUGUUUGCCACCAACCUGAUCAUCCUGCUGGUGAUCUACGUGAUGCGCAAGUGCCUGCAGCUCUUCUGCAUCAUCGAGAACCGCGCCGUCCAUCCCUCGGAGGAGGAGGAGAAGAAGGCCCAGUUGCCGGAGAGGGAGAUCCUCCGGAAGCGCCGCGGCGGCUUCAAGUUCAUCCCGGACGCCAUGCACCAGAGCAUGCACGGCUUUGGCUACGGCGAGGGUCACUACCAGAUCUUCGUGGAGAAGAAGGAGCGCAUCCUGCCCACCAAGUCGCGCCUGAACGCGGCCACAGCUGAAGUCAAGCUGAAUCCCAAUUAGUGGGUUUCUAUGGGACCCAAACAAAGCAUUGACAUCCCAGCAUGUCAAAGACAAUGAGCCAAUUAAGCCAGCGAAAACCCAAUCCCCCAGUUAUUCCCGCACAUCCAUGUCUUCUUCAAUAGUGUUUACAUAUUAUAAAAUGCAUGCAGAAAAAAAUUGUUUUUUAUAAACAGCAAAGCGCACUAUUGGCCAUGAAUAAAAAGUAAAAAAAAACAGC